CGAAUGUUUUGAAGCAUGUCAGGGAUCUAACUUUUUUCAAUUAACUGUUGGAAAGAGUUGCUUGGGCAGCUUCUUGAUCCACUUGGAGAAUUUGUUAUAGGCUUUCUCUUGAUGCUACUUUCAAUUUAUUAUGAUGAAAAGGAAUGGUCAAAUCUUAACAACCAAUUUUUGUAUGGAGACUAUUUUAUCCAAUCAAAUCCUUAAGUUUGUUAGCACUCAACUUGUUUGUAUGUUAUUUUAGAAUUCUCUUCAAAGUAGGGUUUUCUUUUUACAAUUCGAAUUUGAGUCAGGCAUGUAUAAGAAGCUAAUUCCUUUCUUUAGCUAGUUUUUAAAUUAUUGAUGUUUUAUUUGAGUGUUUUGCUUGUUGGUUUGAUCUAAGACUCUUUAAGUUAGAGAAUGUCCUACUUAGGGUGUUUAGCUUAGGGUAUGCCCCAGCUAAGGUCUUAGGACUUUAUUUAUGUAAUUUUAUUUAUUUUUUCUUUCAUAAAUUCAUAAUUACAGAAAAGACAUCUCCCCUUCCCAAUUUGAAUUGGUAUAUUUUGGUUACUUAAAGUUAAAUAAGAUCAUCAAAUAAUUUGACAACUACACUUAAAAAAUGUAUAUCUUAUUGUAAUUGAGUAGGGUAAUUUUGAGAUAUAUGUGGUUUAAAAGUAUUAAUUGAUACUGGUUUGGAAUUGUGGGGUGCCUGUGGAAUUAAGAUCAAAACAAACUAAAUCAAAACCACCCAUGGAAGCAACUUGAGAGAGAGAGAGAGACCUCGAAAGUAGAGAGCAGGACAGAGAGUAACACUGGGCAUGAUGAGAGAUGGGCAGCUGGAUGCUGACAAAUGCUUUUCAUGUCAUCUUCUGGGUGAAGCACCGCAAUGAACCGCACUGCCAGGCUGUAGUUUCCUAGUCCACCCCGUCUCUCUAUAAUCCAUCAAAUGUAUCCGAAGCAACCCCCUUUUUGGGUAUCAAUCAAGGGCCUUUCCCUUUCUUCGUCCCUCCCCUCCCUCAAUCUCACUCUAGUUCAACCUUUUGCUUCUCUCUGAGCCUCUCAUAAAUUGUUCCUUCAUUUUCUUGGAAGAUUUUGGGAAAGGAAAAUCCAACUACAGGAAGAGGCAAAAUAAAUCAAGCAUCUCAAGGAAUCUCCAAUUCUCCUCCAAAAGAUGAUGCUACCCAGAUAGGGUCAGUUCAAGCUCCGGUUUCUAGGUAUCUCUUUGUCCACGAACGAAAUUGUGUCAUUGUAAGAUCAUUUUCUUUUGCUGCCCAUAAAGAAAAUGGCCAAAUGGAUACUGUUGACGAUCACAUAACUCCUGUUCCAUUGGAAGAGAAUGGUGAGAAGAUUCCUGAAGAGGAAGCAAUGUGCAGGAUCUGUUACAUGGCAUGUGACAAAGGAAAUACACUCUAGAUGGAUUACAGUUGCAAAGGUGCCCUUAGACUUAUUCAUGAAGAACAUGCUGUAAAGUGUUUUAGCAUGAGAGGCAAUAAACAAUGCGAUGUUUGUGGGCAAGAAGUUUCCAACUUGCCAGUAAUAUUGCUUCAACCACCAACGUCCAUGCAAAGAAACAAUACAUUGGACCAUAAUCAACAGAAUUUGAAUCCAGAAAUGGUGAGUGUCUUGGAGUACUUUGUGACGCCCAUGGUGAUUAGCUCAUUCUGCUAUUUCUGCUUGCUUGAGCAGCCACUGGUUGGUGACAUGCAAAAUGAAGUGAUGGUGAUUGCUCUGGCCUGUGCUGUUACCUUGGACCUUUUGUCAUCUACAUUUGUGAUCCUACUUGCAGCGAUCAACUAUAUAUGGACAUAUGCAGCUCUUCAAUUUGCACUCGUGGCUACAAUUAUUUUCCUCUUCCAUUUCUCGGAAUACCCAGUUAGAAGAAGAGGCAAAACAAUGCAAGCAUCUGACGAAAUCACCAAUUCUCCUCCAGAAGAUGAUGCUCGCCAGGGUAAUCUUGACAGAACGCCUCUCUUAAAUUCAGAGCUUGAGGAAGUCCUAGAAACUCCUGUUUUGGCACUGGUCAGGCCUGCAUCAAACUUGUCCCCUUCUGUUUCUGCACCUGUUUCAGCAAGUACACCGAACACGGGGUUAGUUCAAGCUCUAGAAUCAAGGUUUCUCUUUGCUGAGCAUUUAGAAAUAAUGAGGGUCAUGGAGGAUGUUGUGAUGCUCGUGGUGAUUAGCUCAUUCUUCUAUUUCUUCGUUGUCGAACUGUCAGUGCGAGCAAGUAUGCAAGCACAUAUGCGGCUCUUCAAUUUGCACUUGUGCCCUGUGGCACUGAUUCUUUUCCUCUUCCAUUCCUUGUUUUAUCUGAUCGUAACAAGUUUCAAGUUUUUGAAAACUUGAACUCUCCAGUCAAAGUAUCGAUAAUAAAGCGAGUUGAGGCUCAAUGACAUCACAAAACGCAGAAGAAUGCUGAUAAUUGGUCCAAGAAUUAUCAUCAACUCUUUUGAAUGCAUAUGAAAAGUUAUAGAUUCACCACCGGCAUCAGUAUAUAACCAAUACGAGUAAAUAAAAAUCUCUCUCUCUCCUCAAAAUCAACUUUAUGCAAGGCUAGAGUGUUCAAAAGCAUUAAACUCUCCAAUUGAAGUGUCGAACAUAAGCUAGUUGAGGCUCAUUGACAUUGCAAAAGCUAGAAGAACACUGAUAGUUGGUCUAAGGUUUCGGUCCAAGUUUUGAACCAAUUAUCAAUGUUCUUUUGGGUUUUGAGAUGUCAAUGAGUCUCAAUUUGCUUUGUAUCUCGUACUUUAGUUUUUGAAAACUCUAGCAAUGCAUAAAGUUGAUUUUAAAGAGAUUGAAAUGUUUCUAUUUUUUCGUAUUGGUUAUGCAUUGAUGCGAGUGGUGUAUGUAUAAUUUUGCAUAUACAUUCAAAAGGGUUAAUGAUAAUAACACCAAAUUUUCUACCAAUUUCUUGUUAGCCUGUCUACUUAUUGGUAUAUUCAUCUUAUGUAUGCAAUAACCACCAUGAGUUUUAACUUUACUAGACAUCAAAACUUGUGGUUAGAUUUUGCUCAUAGAACCAUUGGUCAAGUUUGUACACAAAGGAAUACCAAAUGCUAGAGGCUUUUUGUGUAGAUCGAAUAAUAUUAUAUUUAUAUGUAGUCUUCGUCUUGUAUGUCAUUUAAUAUUUAU